ACAGACACAAUUUCCAUCUCAGGAAACGACUCAUCUUAGUGUAGCGUCUCAUAUGAACGAUCGCACUUUGAAAUCUGUCUGAUACCUUGUUGACAGAAAGCGCAUAUUCUGGGAAGCAGUACAAAUAGAAUGCAUCUUACAACUUUGGCGUUCUUUGCUGCAGUCCUUCUAACCGAAGUUGCACAAAAUGUAGGACAGAUGUGCACGGAUGUAAGGAGUGUGUACAAUCUGAAGAAGGGAGUGAGACUGUCAGAUGUUCAAAUCCACUCUUUUAAAGUCCGUGGACUGAUGAUAUGUGUCCAAUACUGUCUUCUGAAAACAGGAUGUAAAUCAAUCAACUAUAACAUUGGAACUGGUAUUUGUGAGCUCAAUAGCCAGUCCUUCAUGGAUUCAGCCCCUUCCAACAUACAAGCUGCUGCUUCCUCCUUCGUACAGUCAGACAUCCAAAACUGGCCUACAACUCUUGCAGGUCCUUGUGUUAAUCACACGUGUAGCCUUAAUUCACGCUGUGUUACAUCGCCGGUCCCAGAAUGUGUGGUAUCUGGUUGUUUGAGAUCGGACAUCCCCGAGAUACCCUACACAACCUUGAAUACAACAGUCUCAUACUUGGAAAGUCCAGUUGGAACUGUCCUCAAGUACAUUUGUGACAAAGACUUCCUACCUGAGACUUGGGCAGAAUGUGAUGCGACGGGUAACUGGACGUUUACCAACUGUCAGCUGGCGGUACCAUCGUCGUGUGCCAGUGUGAAGCAGUGCCAUCCCAAUAGUACUGAUGGAGAGUAUUGGAUGAGGCUGCCGAAGUUCCAUUUCUAUCAGACCCGGAUCUACUGCCAUGACAUGAGAACCGGGAAUCCCAAAGAGUAUCUCACACUUCAAUUUCACAAUCAUGGUAUUUACCCUGCAAUAACAAACCGGAAUUGUGGUGGAGAAGGCAAGCUGACUGAUAAUUGUCUGAGUCAUGAAGGGGAGGUUUGGUAUGAGAAGAUCAGAGUAGAUUUGCAGACAAUGGAAAUUAAACAAGACGACACCACUUUUGCGCGUUCUUCAGGAAAUCCCCCAAAGUAUGGUAGUGCACGUGACUGUUACACCGAACACCACAAUAGAUUAGUAAGUCAGUGUGGUGUUAAAGGCGAGUUCACAAUCAAUCUGCGAAAAACGGGAUGGAUUGUUUCCCCAGAUCAGAAAUGGAGAGAAGUAGGGUGGAAAGCAGCUAUGAACAUCUCUUACAGGAAUAAUGGGACUGUAAUUUAUCUCAGAUGUGGCGGAUAUGCAGGAGGGUGUUAUCCCAGUGGACCGUUGCUCCUUGUCCCGAACAUGGCUGACAUUGUUGAAGAGACGUCUGCAAAAAGUAUUCGCUGUGAGUGAUGAACAUCAGUGCCAUGCUAACUUACUACCGAUCAUGUUCAAUAUACUGUAGGACAUUUGUCUAGAUUGAUGCUCCCUUGUACCGAGAUGCACGGCAUCUUAAGCUGGGUGAGUACGUGUUGAUUGUGUUGCUGUCAGGAAUAUUGGAGGUACAAUAAAAUAAUCACAAUGUGUUGAAUUUUAUCGUGCAUUGACCAGGUGAACAAGUGACGUCACACGUAUACAUUGUAACAGAUCCUCAUUACUGCUUCUUACAAGAAGCAAGUGAUUUUUUACCUAUGUUACCACUGAGAUAAAAUGUAUGUAACGGCCAAUAGAUAAAGGCGGUA